AUGUCGUCGGGAGCCGAUGACGAUGACGUCUACCCCACCGGGCGCAUCGACAACGCCCUGACCCUCAAGCCCAUGAUCCUGUCCAUCACGCUGCGCUUCAACGACGUCCUUGACGCCUCGCGUCUGCACGCCGCCCUCUGCACGCUCCUCUCCACGGGUAACUGGCGGCGUCUAGGCGGCCGUCUGCGCAAGCCCCUCGCGUCAUCCCCCUCACAGACGCUCGAGGUUCACGUCCCGCGCGCCUUCACCGCGUCGCGGCCCCCCGUCGCCUUUUCCCACGAGGACCUGUCCGACACGCCCGUCGCCCAGCACCCCCUCGGGAAGGAUCUCCCCGACGUCGAUGGCACAGCGACGGCGACGGCGGGGCUGUUUCAUCCCGGAGAGCACUUUCGCGACUUUGCAGCGGCGCCCGCGUUUCCAGACACCAUCGACGGCUUCGUCGACAGAGACGUGCCCGUGGUGUCGCUGCGUGUGACGAAUUUCCAGGAUGCGACGCUCGUGGCCGUCGGCGUGCCGCAUCUGCUCUUCGACGCCAUGGCGCUCGGCGAGCUGCUGCGCGCGUGGUCGCUCGUCCUCGCGGGGAGGCAGGACGAGGUGCCGCCCGUGGUCGGCGCGCGCUCCGACAUCCUCUACGACGCGGCGGACCCGGCGCGCCGCCAGCCAGGCGAGGAGCCGUGGGUGCUGCGGGACGUGUACCUCGUCGGCUUCUCGUUCCUGCUGUUCGUGAUGCGUUUCCUCUGGGGCGUGCUCACCGAGCGCACGAUUGAGGGGCGCGUCGUCUUCAUGCCCAAGCACGUCCUCGCCAAGCUACGCGCCUCGGCCCUCGCCGACAUCGCGGAUGGUCCCAGCGCAACAGCAAGCUGGGUCAGCGAGGGCGACGUGCUUUUUGCGUGGGUCUCGCGCGUCGUCUCCCUCGGCCAGGGCCGCUGGCCGCGCCCUCUCAACGGCAUCAACGCCGUCAACCUGCGCGGCCGGCUCCCCGAGACGACCGCCCCGUCUGGCGCCGGCGGGGCCGUGUACGCCGGCAACUUUGUUACCUCCAGCUUCAUGCCCGUGUCCGUCGCCGAGGCCCGCGGCCCGCUGGGCCUCGUGGCCGCCAAGUACCGCGCCGCGCUCACCGCGCAGAUGACGCCGCAGCAGGCGCUGUGGACGCUGCGCGCGUCGCGCACGGCCGUCGACAAGGGCCAGGACGCCAGCGUGGUCUGCGGGGCGCCGCCGACGGGGGAGCUCUUCAGCAUGACCAACUGGCUCAAGGCCGACAUUGCGGGCUCGGCCGAAUUUGCGCCAGCGGUGCUGCUGCCGGCGGGCAGGGAGGAUGGGCAGGGUGGUGGUGGGAAUGUGAGCAAGCAGCAGAAGAAGCAUGUGCCGGGGAGGAUCGUGUACGUGCACGCGCAGCUGCACGCGCAGUCGGCCACGAUCAGGAACACGCUCGGUGUGGUCGGCAAGGACCAGGACGGCAAUGUCUGGAUGCAGGGCUUCUUCCCGCCGCGGACGUGGGAUGUCGUGCGCAAGGAGCUGGACGAGCUCAACGAAAAAUAUGCAGAAUAA